UAGAAGCCAUGGCCAUCUGGAGGACAGCAGGAGCUCUACUGCUAAUACUACAAACUGUGUUUGGCCAAAGCAACAUCAGAUGGUGCACCAUCUCAGAUGAAGAGCAGAGGAAAUGUCAGACCAUGUCGAAGGCUUUCGCCGCAGUCUCCAUCCAACCGUCCCUCAGCUGUGUCAGCGGCCAGACAGUAGACGGCUGCGUUCAGAAACUAGAGAAAAAAGAAGUAGAUGCCUUGUCCAUGUUCAGCACUGACAUCUAUAAUCUGGGGAAGACGGUUUCCUUCAAGAUUGCUGCCAGUGAAACAAAAGCUGAUCACACCGGUGCUUCCUACUUUGCAGUGGCUUUGGUGAAGAAAGCAAAUUCUGGCAUCAACAUCAACAACCUGGCAGGAAAAAAGAGCUGCCACACCGGUAAAGGCCGAACAGCUGGCUGGAAAAUGCCUUUAGGAUAUCUCAUAGACCAGGGCUACAUGUCUGUGAUGGGCUGCAAGAUCUCUGAGGGUGUGGCAAAUUUCUUCAAUGCCAGCUGUAUCCCUGGAGCAAACGAGAAGGGGGACCCCCCGUCUCUGUGUCAACUGUGCAAAGGAGAUGAUACUGGACUGCACAAAUGUGAGAUGAGCAACAAAGAGAGAUACUACAGCUACGAAGGAGCGUUCAGGUGUCUGGCUGAGGAUGCAGGAGAGGUGGCCUUCAUCAAACACACAACUAUUGAGGAAAACACUGAUGGUCGUGGUCCAGCCUGGGCAACAACACUGUUGUCAUCGGACUAUGAGCUGUUGUGUCGUGACGGCACCCGAGCUCCUGUCUCUCAGUGGAGAACAUGCCAUCUGGUCCGCAUCCCAUUUCGUGGGAUUGUUGUCCGCAAUGAUGUCACUCCUUCUAAUGUGUUCCGAAUGCUGAAGGAGGGCCAGGAAAAGUCAGGCUUCAGCAUGUUUUCGUCUGUGGAAUAUGGCGGAGGAACUGUACUCUUCUCUAGCUCAUCCACCAAUUUUCAAGCGGCAGAGUCAGACGACCCCAUAAAGUGGAUGGGUCGCUCGUAUUAUAAUGCUCUGCGAGCCAUGGACUGUAAACCUGAAGAUGCGCUGCGGUGGUGUGUGUUGUCCAACAGUGAGCAGCAGAAGUGUGCUGAAAUGGGUGUGGCCUUCCAAAGUAAAGGUCUGACUCCCUACAUCAGGUGUGUCUACGGGGACUCUGUGACUCACUGCAUGAAGCUAAUCAAGAACAAGGAGGCUGAUGCCGUCACUCUGGAUGGAGGUUACAUCUACUCAGCAGGCAAAGAGUACGGCCUGGUCCCUGCAACCGGCGAGAGCUACACAGAGGACCGUGAUGGUUCCAUGUACUAUGCAGUCGCAGUGGUGAAAAAAAGUAGUGUUGACAUCCGUAACCUUGACAACCUGCGCGGCCUUCGCUCCUGUCACACCGGAUACGGUCGCACAGCUGGCUGGAACGUUCCCGUGGCAACGCUGAUGGAGAGAGGCCUGAUCACCCCUCAGCACUGUCAGAUACCUCAAGCGGUGGGAGGGUUCUUCAAGCAAAGCUGCGUACCAGGUGCCAACCAGCCCGGUUUUCCUGACAACCUGUGUGGUGUGUGUGUGGGCGACAGCACUGGAAAGAACAAAUGUGAGAAAGGAAAAGACCUGUAUGAUGGAUACAACGGUGCCUUCAGGUGUCUUGCAAAUGGAGAUGGAGAUGUGGCUUUCAUCAAACAUACUACUGUCUUCCAAAACACUGAUGGUUUCUCUAGUGAAUCAUGGGCAGCGGAUCUCCUGUCUUCAGACUUCCAGCUGCUCUGUUCUCAGAACACUAAAGCAGAGGUCACACAGUACAAAUACUGUCACCUGGCUAGAGUCCCCUCCCAUGCUGUAAUGGUACGGGCCGACACCAACAUCCACGCUAUCUAUGGACUCCUGGACCGUGCACAGACAUAUUUCGGCAGUGACACAGGUACUGGUUUCAAGAUGUUUGACUCAAAUGGCUUCGAAGGCACAGAUCUCAUCUUCAAAGACUCCACUGUGCGCCUCGUGGGCGUUGGUGACAGAAAGACCUACCAGGAGUGGCUGGGCCAGGGCUACAUGGACUCACUGGUCAACAUGGAGUGUAGCUCAUCGAGUGCAGUGAUGUCCUCUGUAUGGCUGCUGCUGCUGGCCCUGUUCAGCUUCAUGCUGACAAACCUCUGGAUGUAA